AUGGAGCCGCUCAUGAGUAUUGAAGGGACGCACAAGCUGGAAGCAGUCACAGAAUUUGAGCGGCCGCCCUCCGACCAGAUUGAUGUCGAUCCAGAUCUUUUCGCUCCCUCGCAUGCAGCAACAAAGACAAAAUACAAGCUCUCGGUCAAGAACGGCAAAAUUGCAUGCUCACCCGCCGUAUAUCCCCAAGCCGUCACCUGCACAGGUCUCGUGCAAGUCUAUUCUACCCAAACCCUCACCGUUACAGCUAAGAAGACCCAUACGAAUACGGCGCCCACUCCCACGAGCACGACCUCAACUACUAUCACCGUAACCUCGACUAGCACAAUCACGCCCAUCAGCGCAAGCACAACGCUGUCCUUCACGGAAACCGACACCCUCACUUUCACAGAAUCCGACACCGCCACCGUCACCGUCGCAACCGUGACCUCUACCGUGGGUGCCGUGGCCCCCCACCUCGACCUACUACGCCGCAUGCGCCCCCAACAACGUCAUCUCCGCCGUCAACGGCAACGGCAUCGCAGGCGCCUACUACAACUCGCCGAACUACUACUCCACAACCAACGCGGGGUCCCGGUAUGAUUGCUGUGUCC